GACGGGCAGCUCUUCACUACAUUUCUGCAUCUAUCGCACUCUCCGUCAUCCGUCCUGUAUGGUGGAUAUUAUUUUCAAUUCUUCUUUCUUGGGUGAUAUGGGGGAUCAUUCCAAAAAGAAGUCUGGAAUCGCCAUGUGUGUAGGCUGUGGAAGUCAGAUUCAUGACCAGUACAUACUAAGAGUUUCCCCGGAUUUGGAGUGGCACGCAGCCUGCUUAAAGUGUGCCGAAUGCAAUCAGUACCUGGAUGAAACGUGCACUUGCUUCGUCCGGGAAGGCAAGACAUAUUGCAAAAGAGAUUAUGUAAGGCUGUUUGGGAUAAAAUGUGCAAAAUGUAACCUCGGCUUCAGCAGCAGCGACCUUGUGAUGAGAGCUCGGGACAAUGUGUACCACAUUGAGUGCUUCAGGUGCUCGGUGUGCAGCAGGCAGCUGCUGCCCGGCGAUGAGUUCUCGCUGCGGGAGGAGGAGCUGCUCUGUCGGGCUGACCACAGCUUACUAAUGGAGCGCGGUGCCGCGGGUAGUCCGAUAAGCCCCGGACAUAAUCACUCUAGCAGGCCCCUUCACCUGGCAGCAGAUCCAGUAUCAGUCAGACAGCCACCGCAUCGAAACCACGUCCACAAGCAAUCUGAGAAGACUACUCGAGUGAGGACGGUGCUAAAUGAGAAACAACUCCACACCCUACGGACCUGCUACAACGCCAACCCACGGCCGGAUGCUCUAAUGAAGGAACAACUAGUUGAAAUGACCGGUCUGAGUCCGAGGGUCAUACGAGUUUGGUUCCAAAACAAACGAUGUAAAGACAAGAAGAGAUCUAUCCUCAUGAAACAACUUCAGCAACAGCAGCACAGUGAUAAAACUGUAAGCAUCUUUAAUCUACAAGGACUCACAGGCACACCUCUUGUAGCAGGCAGCCCUAUUAGACACGACAGUGCAGUCCAGGGUAACCCAGUGGAGGUGCAAACCUAUCAGCCACCUUGGAAAGCCUUGAGCGAGUUUGCCUUGCAGAGUGAUCUGGAACAACCAGCCUUUCAGCAGUUGGUAUCUUUUUCGGAAUCUGGCUCCUUGGGAAAUUCUUCUGGCAGCGACGUGACUUCUCUAUCCUCGCAGCUCCCUGACACUCCUAACAGCAUGGUACCGAGCCCUGUCGAGACGUGAGACAGGCCAAUUACCGACGGUCCCUGGACGAGCAUGCUCCCACACCCUGCAUGAGAACAGACCAGACAAGCGUAUCACAGCGUCCGAUGAAGACUUUUUUUCAAAGAGAAUUGGAGAAGCUGCAGAGUGUGUGAACAACGCCCCCGUAAAACGCACACAAAGAUGCUGUCUAAAUUAUUUUCCAAGCGUCUCAGCUUUCGACAGUACCCUGCCUGACCAGCAAGUGCCACUACAGUGACGUCACUACAUUAACCCAACAAGAGCGAAGACCUUAUAAUGGAUAUACAAACAAUCCUCUCUGAAAUUGAUUAGGAGCAACUGACUCUUCUGUGUUGAGCGUUUUUCAUUAACGGUGAUCAUUGUGUCUUUCUUCAACGUGAUUUUUUCAUAUUUCGUUAUCGAGUCCAGAGACCCAUGUGUUUGUCUUAAUGAGCAUGAUUUCAGAAGAUUAUAGAAAACAGACUCUUGUUGUAAAAUAUUUUAUCUUAAUGGACGGAGGACAAAUUGUUUGAGC